AUGGAGGGCAAUCCGCCCCCCGGCAGGGCUGAUAAUAACGACUCCCCAGUUUCGACUGUUGUCCCCAAUCCUAGUGAUGAAUCUAUUCCAGCUGACAGUAAAACCGAUGAUGCACAUCCCACUAUUGAGGGGCUCUCUGUAGAAGGGUCGUCGAGUAGGAUCCAAUUGAAUAGAAGACGGUCAUGUACACUCCCUAUUAAACUCAGUGAUGGCGGUACUGUGCGUGAACGCCCCAAGCCAGCGCAGUUGGAUUUGGUUACCCAUCUCCCCCACGGACCCAAUAGCAUAAGCAAUGGUACCGCAGCAAUCGCUAAGAAGAAAGGUCAAGAAGACGUGUACUCACCGGCGCGGGUUGUUAGGGGCACAAAACUCUUGAGGCGAGUGAGCUUUGCAGACAUUAGCCAUAGUGCUGAUAUAGAUGCCACUACGCAGGCCAUACUGAAAGGUGUGUUACCGAGAGUUUCUUCUAUGCAAUCAACCUUGCAAGUUAGUAGCCCUGUUAUAGCGCUGUCAGCACCGUCGCAGGAUGCUAUCUCAGGCCCCCAACCAGUGUCCUUCGAAGUGGGACAUCAGCACUCCCGGAUAUCCUCGCAAGUACGCCCCACAAAAGAUGCUAGCACCUUCCCGCACACAGAUUCGUCAAUCGACUGCCCCGCAGAAUUUAGUAAUGAGAACGGACCAACGGAUCAAUCACACUCACACUCACAUCCAUUUUCGAGCCCAAUUAAUCGAGGGAUAUUGCGCGAGACACGGCAAUCGUCUCCGUUGGCCGUCACGUUCGCCACAGAUCCCAGCAGCAGCCAGUCGUCCACCCGGUCAGAUCUUGCCAUGCCCAAGUCAUUUGGCCAGCUACCUGCCACUUCCAAUUCCAAUAAGCACGGUAGUGCACAAAUUCCUGUGGAAACACGAUACAAGCCUAUUGCCAGACCCGCAUCCACGUCUGCUAUACCUACCACAGCCUCUUCGCCAAGUCGCUCGCGCCCUAUAUCCACCGAGCAUGUUACCGAUGACAAGACUAAGCAUGCGGGCGGUACUGGGCCCUAUCAGCGUACCUCUGUGGUUGAUGGUCACCUGUCACCCAGUUCAUUCACAACACCCCAUAGCGGCUCCAAUUUCUUUGGUGUGUUUGGCGUGCUAUCGCCUAAAGCAGCCAAGCAUAGAUCCCCCAGUCAGACCGAGUCACCCAAAGUGGGUUUCUUCAGACGGCUGACUUCCUCUCGAUUCCACAGGACGCCCCAAGGCAGCCCCUCGGAUGGGGCUACAAGCAGUUCGCUCAUCUCACCCGAUUCCCUCGGAACAGACUCGCCUCGAACUCUUGCCACUCCUCGCACUGUUUCACCACCUAGCACAGCACAAGCUAUGGGAGGCUUUGAGUACCCUGGAAGUUUCGAUGCAACAGACAACAAUUCACCACAAGAUCUCAAUUUACCAGCGCAGCGAAGGCGAGCGAGCAGCUCCAGCGUGUCCGUUGAACCAAUCAAGACCAGUGCUGUGCACACCAGCAGUACCGUGGGUAAGGCUUCGAAAAAUGGCCGAAGUUUUAAAGGCAGUGCGAGGUUUAGUCCUCGUUCCGUAGAUCUGGUGAGUCCUGAUUCUAGAACCUCCAACUCAUCGUCCCCGAGAAGAGGGACGACUCGAUCACCUAGGAAUGUGUUGGCCACAGUAUCGUAUGCUGUGGGUGACGCAAUGUUCGAGCCGAUAGUCAAUCCAACGAACAAUGCGCGGAAGGCGUAUAUCCCGAAGCAGAAUGAUCUGCCGGAGAACAUGGACCAGGAUAUCGCUCUGGAUGCGUCGUUUCAGGUUUAUCGAGUGAUGAUCGUAAGGAACAAAACGAAGAACGAAGAGUUGCAGUUCAAAUAUGCGAUCAAAUCAAGUAACUUGUGUAUACUGAAACUGACUGUAUCUGGCGUGGCGUUAGUGCCGGUAAAGGCCCGCUCGACCGGUGAUGGAAUCCCUAUAUAUAAAUACAAGAACCUCAAAGCGAUCAAUCUAAAGGAUCCCAAGAAGGAGAAGAAUAUCAAAAUAGUGGCAUUUGAAUUUAGGGAAGGUGGGGCCACAGAUGUCCUCGCAGUGGCUUCGCAUGAGUGUUCGGAAAUAAUUGCCAGGCUCAAGAUGUUACUGUGGAAGUCAAAGUACAGUGGCCACUACCGAUGAUGCAUGCAUCAGCCCGGGCAUUCCGAUCCCAAUAAUCAAACUUAAGCAGGACACCAUCAGCGACUUACUUCGUUGUGUGCAUACAAAGCCUGUCUACAACUCUGUACACAAUGUUUUCAAGUACUAUGCCCCCGUAUCUUUCUAUCAGCCAAUAGCUGGCAUUGUUGUAUUCUCGCCGAAAAUCUUCGUGAUAUCUCGAAUAUGCCAAAAUAUACCAGGCCCAAUACAAAGUGGCCUGCACCAAAUUAGGACAAAUUAAGCAUAUUCCCUAGUGGUUAAUUAAUAAUAAUAAUAAUACAAGUUCAAGCUUAUCCGCUAGUGGUCUAUUAAAAAUAUAGUUUGAAU